AUGCCAGAGCCGCCGCUGGAUCAUCGCCGGCGGGUUGCGUUUGUCCACAAGGCGCGCGCCGGUUCGCUCACCAUCAGGGGAAUGCAGGCGGCGCUCGUCGCCAAGGAGCAGGUCGAGGCGGCCGGCGGCAGCUACAAUUUGAUAUACAGCGUCCACCCAGCUGACCUGACAGCCCUGACCGAGCCCGAAAAUGAGAAAUGGCGCGUCGAGCUCGAGAUGCUGUGGCACGGCCUGGGCGGCGCCGCCGUCUUUGCCGUCGGCGCAGAUGGCGUCAGGGAGGCGCUCGGGGCUGCGCUGCUGUCGGAGCAGCGGCGGGUGUUUGGGGAGCAGGAGUGGGCUUGGGCCACAAAUGACGCCGUAGAUGUUGCCUGGUUCCUGGCACGCGGCGAGGCCGCCCUGCCGCCCUGGGCGCAGCAUAUCUGGCUGGUCGAGCUGGAUGUCGGCUGGACAGGGGACAUAGUGGACGCGCUGACCAGCACCCUGCGCGGCGACGCGGCCGGCGCGAGCAACACCAGCAGCAGCGCCGGCAGCAGCAUGGGCGGCGGCAGCUGCACGCCACUCGGGGAGGGGGCCGGCGGCUGUGCGGGGGCAGCCGAUAGCAGGGCUGCAGAGCCGGACUGGGUGUCGUUCAACAUUCAGAAGGCGGACGACGGCUGGCGCUGGUUUGCCGUCCGCAACGACGCGGCCCGCGGCGACGUGUGGCGCAGCUACCGCCACGCGUGCCGCGCCAGCCGCCGCCUGCUCCAUGCGCUCGCGGCGGAGAUGCGGGCCGGCCGCGUGCAGAGCGACGAGGCGGGAGCGGCGAGCGUCUGCGCGGCGAAUUAUGAAUGGUGUGUCGCCGACACGUCGUGGCAGCCGGGGCAUCCCGUGAUCGGCAGCCACCCAGAAACUGGAGAGGCGUUGUACCGCUGGGAAUCAGUGAUCAGCUCAGAGGUGUGGGGCAGGAUCGUGGCCGCGGACGCGGCGCGUGCGGCCGCAAUGGGCUGCAGCGGUGGCGCAGUGCGGCCGCCGCGGGCCGGCUGCAGUCGGCUGUACCAUAAGCUGAAGUGGUGA